GGUCGAUGAUGAGACAGUUCUUCACAACAUUCCGUACAUGGGAGAUGAGGUACUAGAACAAGAUGGCUCCUUCAUUGAGGAACUCAUCAAAAACUACGAUGGAAAAGUCCAUGGGGAGAAAGAAUGCAGUUUCAUCGAUGAUGAUGCCUUCGUUGCCCUUGUCAAAAGCGUGGCUGUGGCCGAACAAGUGGAGCAGGGGAUACUGGACAAAGUUGAAGAACAGCCUAAGGGAUUUCCCUCGGAUAAUGUGUUUGCUGCCAUAGCGAGUCAAUUCCCGGACAAGGGCAAGACGGAAGAUCUCAGACAAAGGUAUCGUAACUUGCUAGAGAAACAGAAUUCCACCUCUGUGGUGUUAGAGUGCACCCCUAACAUCGAUGGUCCAACAGCCAAGUCUGUCCCUCGUGAGCAGACCAUGCAUUCCUUCCACACCCUCUUCUGUCGCAGAUGUUUCAAGUAUGAUUGCUUCCUCCACCCCUACCACCCCACACCGAGCCAGACAAAACCAAAGACGUCUGAGGUACGUCAGGAAACCGAGCCUUGUGGGCCAGACUGCUUCAUGUUACAGCCCAAAGAGCCAGUCAACAGUCCACCCAGCACCCCUGAGAGAAACCGUGCUGCUACCAGGAGGCACAUGUUCCGGUCAGACGAAGAAACAACCCCCAAAAGACAGAAGUCAAACCAGGACAACGAAUCCACUCCCGAGAAGUUGAACCCAGCCACUGACUCCGCCUCUGAUGGUAAGCCAAUUGAUACCAGCAAUCCAGAUAGCGAGUGGAGCGGUUCUGAUGCCUCACUCUUUAGAGUUUUGAGAGGGGUUUGGUUCAACAAUUACUGCACCAUCGCUUUGCUCCUGAAAACAAAGACUUGCAGACAGGUUUGUGAGUUUGCCUUGAAGGAAGGUGAGAUAGUGGAACUCCCCCCGGAGCGAAACCCCACCCCUCCCAGGAAGAAGAAAAGAAAGCAAAGAAUGUGGUCGAUGCACUGCAGAAAGAUACAGCUGAAGAAAGACUCCACGGCCAGCCAUGUGUACAAUUACCAGCCCUGUGACCACCCAGGCAAGCCGUGCGAUGCGGAAUGCAGCUGCAUCAUGCUGCAGAACUUCUGCGAGAAAUUCUGUCAGUGCAGUUCCGACUGUCAGAAUCGUUUCCCUGGAUGCCGAUGCAAGGCGCAGUGUAACACCAAGCAGUGCCCUUGUUACUUAGCAGUCCGGGAAUGUGACCCCGACCUGUGUGGCACCUGUGGAGCCAAUUCAGGCAACUUUUUUGAGAAGGCCGACAGUGACAGCAUUUCCUGCAAAAAUGUCAGCAUCCAACGAGGCUGGAAGAAGCACCUCCUGCUAGCUCCAUCUGAUGUCGCCGGGUGGGGCAUCUUCAUCAAGCAGUCGGCUCAGAAGAAUGAGUUCAUUUCAGAGUACUGUGGAGAGAUCAUUUCCCAGGAUGAGGCAGACCGACGUGGCAAAGUCUACGACAAAUACAUGUGUAGCUUCCUGUUCAACCUGAACAAUGAUUUUGUUGUUGAUGCUACACGCAAAGGGAACAAGAUACGCUUUGCCAACCACUCUAACAAUCCAAAUUGCUAUGCCAAAGUCAUGAUGGUGAACGGAGAUCAUCGUAUUGGAAUCUUUGCCAAGAGACCCAUUCAAACCGGUGAAGAAUUGUUCUUUGACUACAGGUACAGUGCCACGGAUGCCUUGAAGUAUGUCGGUAUCGAGAGAGAAAUGGACAUUCCGAUUUGAAAUGAUGAGGUCAAGGGUCAAGGUGGUGAAUAGCACGCCGCAGGGGAAAAGAAACAUACAGGGCCCAGACUUAAAAUUUCUUGAUUAAUGUGGUUCUUUAUGUAAAGUGAGCUUCAGUGUUUCAAAGCUUUUUUUUUCUUUUUUACAACUUCUUGCUGCAGAAGGUAUGAAUCCUGGACUGAAAAUUAUGCAAGUAUUAAAAUGAAAUGCAAAAUGAAACGCCAAAAAAUUCUCUUAAAUUUUUUGUUUCAUCAUUUUUUACAUUUAGGUUUUGUUCGAUUAUUCCUUAAUUUGGUUCCUUAAAUGUCGAGCAGUCUAUCUACAAACAUCAAAAUAGGGAAUUUAAAAAUAUUGGAAUUGUACUGUCAGUAUUUCAAGGCAAUUUUAUUUUUUAAAAAUAAACGACUUUGGAAAUAAAUUACAAUUGUGACAGUACACUUUGUUCACUAAAUCUUAGCUGUAUGAAUUUUAAUAUCUGAUUCAGUUGCAGUUAGUACAGAUUUGACAGGAAAGUUUCAUUAUUGUGAAGCCCAUUGAAGAUGUGGACGAUGUAUUUUGGGCUAUCAUUUGUUAAGAGAGAUGAAAAGUAAACAGCAUUUUAACAGUACUUUUGGGUUGAAAACGUAUGAAUUUAUGAUACCUGUGCUCAGGAAUUGAAAUGGUCAUUGUAGUCAUAAUCAGAGGAUCUUAGAAAUAGCCAUUAGGAUGGCGCUAGGAAAGGGAUUUAUGAGAACAAAGUCAUUGAAACUGAUACGUCUAUCUCAUUUAAAAGUUCGGAGAUAUGCGAUUUGACAAAUUUACUUCAAAACGGAAAGUGGUUGUGAUUGUGUCUCUUCUCCUCAGACCGCUUAGACUGAUCUAAGAUUUUUAUUACAAAUGUUCCCAAUUUUGAGGCAGAUUUUAGCUCUCUUUUUUCACCAUGUGCUAGUGUUGUGGUUGAGUCCAUCACAAGUCAUCCAGUUUUAAGUCACAAACCUCCCAAAUGAACUGUUACAAAAAUUAUGCCUUUGUGACCGUCCACCCAUUACUUGUGACUGGUCUUGUGAAAGGACUUGUGGUGAACACGCAUGAUGCGGGUCGUUGGACUAAAGCAAGUGGCAUGUCCGAAGUUCUUGUCUUGGUUAAUAGUUGGGUGAGUGCCGGAAUGGAACGCAGGCCCACAUCAUACUAACUCUGCUGUUCAGCUUGUUAGAGAUUGAUUACUGAAAUGAAUUGUUUAUUUGGCAUAGUUGUAAAUGACUUGAGUUAAUGUCUCGACUUGAGUGCAACUUGAGUCACAAGUUUUAGAAACUCAACUGGAGUCCUGACAAAUAACGACUUGAGUCACUGCAAGCAAAUUAUUCAACUUGAGGUCCCUCAUCAGAAGACCUGACUCGAGUGAAAGUUAAUGUGACUCGAGUCCCUCAUCAGAAGACCUGACUCGAGUGAAAGUUAAUGUGACUCGAGUCCCUAAAUAAAAGCAAACUUCUCUGCAAACAAUUCUUCACAAUGACUCACAAUACCAGAUAAGUACUUUCAUGAGUCAUCAAGAGUAGGAUGUGGUAUGACCUCAUGCUGUAAACCUAGAAGUAAAUUUUAAAAUGCCGAAAAGUAACUCUUGUUUUAUUCAUUGUACCAUGCUCAAAUAUUUGUGACUCAAAUUGACUUGAACUAAAUACUCUGACUCGACUUUUUUGCCUACUAACUCUAUUUGUGUUGAAUGACAAGAAUUUGUGACUCGUUACAACUGUGAUGUAGGAUAUUUGCGGAGGGGCGGCUUCUAUGAAAUAGUUGUUCUAGUCUAAAAAAUAAUACUGGCAUUCCUGUGCAAGACAAGUUGACACCGAGAAGAGAUCAUAAAUUUGUACUGCGUAGAAAUGUUAAUGUUUUUAUUGUAAAGAAAAGUUCCAGUUUGUAGUAAAUGUACAGUUUUGUACACUACUGGCAUUCUCAUGUCAGAUUUA